AUGCAGGAAGUCUUUCUCCAAAGUUGCGUCAAGCCGGGCGAGGCCUUCAACGUGGUGGCCCUGGGCGCGGGCUUCGACACCGGCGCCCUGCGCCGGCCGUGGCCGGAGGAGCUGCGGUACUUCGAGGUGGACUUCCCGGCGGUCUUGGCGCGAAAGGAAGCUUUGCUUCGACGAAACCAAGCGCCCAAGCCUGCCUGGCUGCGCAGCUGCGGCGCCGACCUGCGUCAGACAUCGGAAGUAGAGGCCUCGCUGAAGGAAGCAGGUGCCAACUUCAGCAAUCCAACGCUGCUUAUUGCAGAGGUUGUUUUAGCCUAUAUGGAGCGGCACGAAGGAGAUGCUCUUAUCUCAUGGGUGGCAAAGUCGUUUCCCAACUGUUUGUUUGGGAUGUACGAGCAGCAGGGUCCACAUGACCCCUUUGGCAGAUUUAUGCGCCGGCACUUUGCGCAGCGCCAGUGUCCUUUGAGGUCUUUGCUGGAAAACCCAGACUUAGAGUCACAAAGACAGCGGUUCAGAGCAUUCCAGCGCGUGGAUGCUGCAGAUAUGAUGUCUGUGCUUGCAGCAGAGUCAGGUCAUGAGCUCGGCCGGGCAAGGAGCUUGGAGCCAUUCGAUGAAUAUGAGGAGCUGCAUCUGAAGUGCGUGCACUACUUCUGCCUCGCUGCCAUGUCGGGGAGCUGCGCCAAGGCACAUUGGGUGUGGAAGGAUUGCCCUAAGCCGGCCUUAGCAGGCAGCUUGCCAGUUCAUGUCAUUCCGCAUGUGGGAAUCUCGCGGUUCGGCCUAGCUGCAUGCUAUGUCGAUGGGCACCUGGUGGUAUGUGGAGGCCACGGAACACAGGACGUGACAGUGUCCGACACUCACGGGCGUCAGGCAUCGGUGAUGGUCCGCAAGCUCGACUUGACGGAUCAAACGUCUUCUGACUUCAAGGCGGUGGGGGAGCACUCUGCCGCCAUGUACUGCACAGCUACGGCGGUGGGCUCCCGGGUCUUCCUCUUCGGCGGCCGCCUGGGCCCGCAGCGGCCCAGCGCGGGCCUGUCAGUGUGCAAAGUUGGGAUGUCCUUUCAGCAGGUGCCCCAAAGCUGCCCCUGGCCGCCGCCCAGAUGGCGGCACUCAGCCACGCAGUUGGUGCUGGGGACAACUACUGGGAUUUUUGUGCUGGGGGGCACUGGAGCCACCGUGAUCAGUCUGGACCACGCCUGGUUUCUGAACACCGACACCUUGACAUGGCAGUGCCUUCAGAUCGAAUCGCCUGGCGGAACGCCAGCCGCAAGACACUCCCACGCAGCCGCACUCGGGCCAGAUGGUGUGCUGGUGUGUGGUGGGCUAGAUGCGUGUGAGACAAUGUUGGCAGACGCCUGGACUUUACAGGUGGUGUCUGAUGCAGCUGGCUCAUUCAAACUUUCAUGGCAUCAAUCCCCCUCACCAUUGCCGCAGCCACGGUAUGGGCACAGCCUGCACUAUUACAGUGGCAGUUUCCUUGUGGUCGGAGGAAUUGAGUCCCGGAUGUGCCCAGCUCCGAUUUGCGCUUGGGGGAAGCCAUUUGAGAUCACGGAUGCCGGCCAAGAGGACGCACGAGAGGUCGCCACAACGGAGUCACUGAACCGGAGGAGUAGCGUCGCCACAGGCGCAUCAGUGCAACGGCAGUCCAGGGCCUCCCGCGUACAAAAGUCUUGGAUCCUGGAUGAGGCACAGGUGGAUCACCUCGCGGCUGAAGAUGCGACGCAAGCUGGGAUCCAGCAGCAAGAUGCACUGAAGAUCGUAAAAUGCACGACCCGCUUUGCCACGGCGAUGUGUGUUGUGAUUGCCUUCGUCAAGGUUAGCAUCUACUUGGCCACAGGCGCAGAGGUAGUGAGGACGUCAGCGCUGGAUUCUCUCGGGGACCUGAUGGCCAACAUGAUUACGCUAUACACAGGGUAUCGCAUGACAAAUGUGGACAAGAAGAGGUACCCAGUCGGACAAGGCAAGUUUCAAAGUAUUGGAUGCUUGGUGUUCAGCACGCUCAUGUUCGCGCUGAUGUUUGGCAAUGCCCUGGGGAAUCUCGAAAGCUUGGUGGAGAGCAAAGAUGAUGUUGGCCAUGCAGCCGUCACAAGGUUCUUUCAGCAGACAGAGGAGGUGGAUGACUUCAAAAAGUGGCGUGACGACCUGGACUGUGAGGAGGAAUGUGUAUGGAAAACAGACGGGGAUAAGAUCGACAAUCCCCUGAUCAACUACUUCAAGGAGAACGGCGAUUCAGGCGAGAAAGCCAUGGCAGAAGAAAUGGAGCCCAAGAUGACGCGAGGGGAGAUUGUUAGCUUCUCCUCUGAGUACGAGAACGCAGCAGAGCAGUGGGCAGAACUGAAGAAGCAGAACUUCUUCCUGGGAAUAUGUGCCUCAUACAAGUGCUGUUUGUGGUUGUACUGCAUCUUCUAUGCUAUCCCAAAGAGUGGCUCCUGUGUGCUUGUCGCGCUGGCCACGGAUAAGAGGAAUGACUUCAUUUGCACGAGCUUCGUGAUCUUCUCCACUUUCUUUGCUGCCACGUUCCCCAACAUCACAGAAAUGGCUGUCUCUGAGGAGAAGGUCGACCCACUUGUCUCUCUGAUGCUGUCGGUCUUCAUCAUGUACACGUGGUCAGAGUUGAUGGUCGAGCACAUGACGCUUCUGAGCCAGGAGGCAGCCAAUGACGAGUUCCGCGACGGCGUUUUAAAGGAGGUCCGCAUGGUCGUGAAGGCCGAUUCCCCAUGCACGGUGGAUGAUUCUGAUGUCAUUGUCUACGUUUCUGGGCUUGGCCACACUGUGGAGGUGACACUAACCGCGAAGUCCGACAAGACCACAGUGGGUGAGAUGGGCGAGCUGGCGCAGCUCCUGAGGAGACGCCUGAUGACGCUUGAAGACGUGGAGCGCGCCAUAGUGAUGAAAGCUAUGCCCAGCAAGAUGAACGCCUGA